CAGCCCACCGCACCCACCGUCCAAGGGCACGCAGUAGGUCAGGAGCUUCUCGGAGUCCACGUUAGAGCCUGUCACCAAUUCUGCAGGAACGUUAAUCAUGAGAGGACGGAAGAUGCCAAGAGACGAAGAAAAUGCCUAUGGUUUAGAAGAUGACAAGUCGGCCCUGCCGGAGCCCAGGCUGCGGAUCCUCCUGGCCGGGAGGUCAGGGACAGGGAAGAGUGCCACGGGAAACAGCAUCCUGGGCCAGAAGCGCUUCCUCUCCAGGCUCGGGGCUACAUCGGUGACCAGGACCUGCGCCGUGGGGAGCUGCAGGUGGGCCAAGUGGGACGUGGAAAUCACGGACACCCCGGACCUUUUCAGCUCCGAGGUCUCGCAGACAGACCCGGGCUGCGUGGAGAGAGCCCGCUGCUACCUGCUCUCGGCCCCGGGGCUCCACGCCCUGCUCCUGGUGUCCCAGCUGGGCCGCUUCACGGCCCAGGACCAGCAGGCCUGGAGGGGGGUGAAGGUGCUGUUCGGGGACGCCAUCGUGGCGCGCACCAUCGUGGUCUUCACCCGCAAGGAGGACUUGGACGGGGGCUCGUUGCAGCAUUAUGUGCGUGACACCGAGAACCGCGCGCUCGGGGAGCUGGUGGCCGAGUGUGGGGGCCGGGUCUGCGCCUUCGACAACCGAGCCACCGGUGCAGAGCGGGAGGCGCAGGUGAUGGAGCUGAUGGGGCUGGUGGAGGACCUGGUGAGGGACCACGGCGGCUCCCCCUACACCAACGACGUGUACAGCCUGGCGCAGGCCCCGGGCAGCGCGGACCCCGAGGAGAGGCUGCGCAGGGUGGCAGAGCUGGUGGCCGCGCGCGUGCAGAGGCGGCGGGAGCGCUGGCUGCUGGCCAGGCUGUGGUUGUGGUGCAAGGUGCCCGAGACCUGGCAUAAGCUGGGCGUGUUCGCCCUGCUGGGCGCCGUGGUCCUGCUGUACGUGCAGAUCUUCAGGCAGCAGCCUGACGCCUUUGGUGAGGUCGGUCCUGACAGAUUGUAAAUAACAUGAAAAUCACAUUCAUCCCUGGUGCUCUGCGCCUUCAGGGCCCACAUUCUCUCCUUUCCUCCUUUCACCUGGCCUAAUCUACCAGCUUCAAAGUUCUGCCAGGUCCCAUCUCCCACCCGAAAGCUUCCGACGUGACCAGGGUCCCUGAGCUCCCCCUUCCCAAAGUCAAAAAUCCUCUGGUAAUUUUGCCUAUUUUCCACUGACCUCAGACUGCCUUUGACUUUCUCCUGUCAUUGAACUGUCUUCAGCCCUGAAAGCAGAUGAGGAGAAUUUGCCCUCUCACCCCGUGGACUCCCAGCAGAACCAAGGGCAGAACCACCAUCGAGCAGAGCCUGAGUACAUACUGGUUUGUUUGAAUUGAACUGAAUUGAAGAAAUGUGUACUGGACAAUCACAUCAUGUUAAAAGAAAUCAACAUUUGUAAAUAUUUGUUCACCUGCCUUACAUGCCUAUUGAACAAAGAUGCUACUCUCUCAUUCCUGACCCCACCUACAAAAACCAUGCACCCAAACAGACACUCAGGUGUGUGAUCGAAAGGAGAGAAGACACUGGUGCAGACCUGCCCCUUGGUACCGGCAGGCGAAUAUCUCCUGAGCAUCCCCACCCAUACCCCUCAGCAGCUUGAAUGCAGAUGCUUCUGCAGGUCCAAGGAGACUAUCACUGGAGGGGCCAUGGGAGUCCUGCAGAAAGCCUCCUUCCAAGGAGGAGUUUUCUCACAGGGUAAGCAAGGAUAUGGGUUUUCAAUGCAGGGAAAAAUUUAAAAAUUUAAGUGGUUUGGAGAUUUUUCUUUUAUGUGAAUCUCAAAAUAAAAG